UGAGCUGGUUCCAUUGACGCUGGUGCGGUAAAGUUGAGUUCAGUCAUCAGAGAAGAGGCGCGGGGAUAGGAGAGCUACUCGACAACUUUCACACAUCGUUUCUGUCGGAAAAGAAGCUGCUUUCCUCUGAGUCUACCCGGGACAGGACACUGACCAACAUGGCGGCUCUGUCAGCCUGGUUCUGGAACGAGAGGUUCUGGCUGCCACACAACGUAACUUGGGCGGAUCUGGCAGACCCAGCGCCCGGGGUGGAGUAUCCUAAAGCUGGGCACUUGUUUACUGCCCUGCCGCUCGCCUUGGGGAUCUUCGCCGUCCGGAUAGUGUUCGAGAGAUUUAUUGCCAGUGCCUGUGCCCGGAGUCUCCACCUUCAACCAGGCAUUGCUAGAAGAGCUCAGCCCAAUGCAGUGCUGGAGAAAGUGUUUACAUCCAUCACAAAGAAUCCAGACUCUCGCCAUCUGGACGGCCUGUCCAAGCAGCUGGACUGGGAGGCAAGAAAGGUCCAGCGUUGGUUCAGACACCGCAGGAACCAGGACAAACCCAGCACACACACCAAGUUCUGUGAGAGCAUGUGGAGGUUUACCUUUUAUUUGUGCAUAUUUACCUAUGGCUUCCAGUUUCUGAGGCAGUCCCCAUGGUUGUGGGAUACCAGGCACUGCUGGUACGGUUAUCCCUAUCAGGUCAUGACCCCCGGCCUUUACCACUACUAUGUGACAGAAUUGGCCUUCUACUGGUCACUCAUGUUCUCCCAGUUCACCGACAUUAAAAGGAAGGACUUCCUGAUCAUGUUCAUCCAUCACCUGGCCACAGUCGGCCUCAUCAGCUUCUCCUACGUCAACAACAUGGCACGAGUAGGGAGCCUGGUGAUGUGUGUCCACGAUGCCUCUGACUUCCUGUUAGAGGCAGCCAAGCUGGCCAACUACGCCAAAUACCAGCGCCUGUGUGACUUCCUCUUCAUUGUGUUUAGUGUGGUUUUCUUCAUCACACGGCUUGUUAUAUAUCCAGUAUGGGUCUUGAACUCCACCAUGUUUGAGAGCUGGGCCAUAGUUGGGCCGUUCCCGUCCUGGUGGCUCUUCAACUUCUUACUGCUGGUCCUUCAGGUGCUGCAUAUCAUCUGGUCCUACCUCAUAGCCCGAAUAGCUGUCAAAGCCAUGCUGCGCGGCAAGGUGUGCAACGACGUCCGCAGUGACAUUGAGAGCAGCUCAGAGGAAGAGGCGGACUCAACCACAGAAGGCGUCAAGACUUCAGCUCAUUCUCCAAAAGGAGAAAACGGCACAAACGGCCACUGUGCUGCUCCCACCGUCAAAGGCCGAGUGCAGAACCACAGCAGCUGGUGACAGAGCCUGAAGUCCGGAACCUCCUGCAGUUAAUACCCUCACGUCUCCAGGAGCUGAAUCAGUCACACAUACAGUCUACUAUCAUACAAUACACUGACAGUGAGUGUGCACAGAUUCAUGUUUGUGAACUGAUGGUGAAUAUGGAGACACUGACAUCGGCUUUGAAGAGCCCUGUAAUGACAUGUAUGACUUGGGAGGUUAAGUGAUAUGGAAGUCAGUGGGAGCAAGUGAUUUGCAUAGCCUUAUUCUUCAAAUGGGAUUUAUUUUGUGCUGAGUUUGGCUGCAGAUGUUGGUUGGUUUCAAUGUUCUCUCCCAGUUUUAUUGGUCAGAUGAACUUGAUUAUUUUUUGUUUGUAAGGGGUAAUUCACACUGGAUCACACAGGACAGAAAACUAAGUGUGUUUAAGGUUUCAAACAUGUUGCACUUCUUUUACCAAGUUAAGACAUGUCACAUAGAAAUAACUGAUUUAUAAUGAUGUGGUUUUAUUGGCUCUUAAACACAGGACAGCUUCUUCAUGUGUGACCAGAAAUGCAACACUCUUGAAACUUGAAGCCAUUUCUGACCUCUGCAGUUUAUUGUGUAUUUACCCUUUAACCACGUUUGGCUACUUAUUGUUUUGUUCUGUUUUACGGUUUUUUACUUCUACUGAGACCAAAUGUGUCUGAAAUUGUUUGAUGUCACUGCCUGUACAGGGAUUCAGGUAUGAGGACCAUACUAAAUGUUUGGUAUCACGUUCUCACUUGAUUGCCUUGUUUAAAACAAACAAACAAACAAACAAACAAAAAAAACUCCAAAUAUA